AUGCACCUCGCCAAACAAAGGGGUAGUGUAAGCCCUUGUAGAAAUCGCUAUGAAGACGUUCAUGGAGGAAGUCGCCGACUUGAGAAUCCGCGACUUGGGGUUUCCUUGGUCGGGAUUAGCAGUAGUCACGCUGACCACCGCUACUCCCCAGAUUGUGAGAAUAGGGGGCGACCUCCCCCGUUGGACCACCGCCCCUCAAAGCAAGGCACUGCACGAGAAAAACAGCCCCCCAUUGGGCGGUCUGCGAACCAAGACCCUAUAGCACGGGAAUUACUGCUAAGAAUCCAGCAGCUAGAGGUGAGACAUGGGGCGCACAGCCGGAGGGAAAGCCACAAAGAAAGGACCCAAUUUUCUAGAGAAAUCGAGCUAGAGCCUUUCCCCCGCAGGUUUAAGGUCCCUAGUAUCUCUCAGUACAAUGGGGACAGCGACCCUUACGACCACCUGAACGCAUUCAAUGUCCAGAUGGACCUGCAAACUUCCAAUUCAUUAGCAAAAUGCCGAGCUUUCUCUGCCACCUUGGGAGAUAUACCCCGGGCGUGGCUAAGGAGGCUCCACCCCCGCAGUAUUUGCAGCUGGGAGGGGUGCCAGAACAAAUUCAUAGACCAGUAUAGGUCGCUUCGAAGGCAGCUCGCCCCAACAAGCCACCUCGCUAUGGUUUUCCUCCGAUCUAGCGAAUCUUUGAAGGAUUACAUAGAAAGGUUCAGGUGUGAAGUGAAUAAUGUGGAGAGCCCUUCCGACGAAAGUAUCCUAACCGCGAUGUCCGCUGGGCUUCGUAAAGACGGGAAGCUCUACGAAAGCAUUUACAAGUCCCCAGUAAGAGACCUUGGUGAGUUUUAUGAGCGAGCUGCAAAGGAGGAGAGGAUCUUUACCACGGAGCGUAACAAGGAAGACUUUGGAAGGCUCAACCCUCUAAAGACUCCAGAUAAAUUCAGAAGCAAGAGUAAAUUAUGUGCCUAUCACAAUGAGGCAGGGCACACCACCUCUGAGUGUUGGGCGUUAAAGGAUGCAAUCGAAGAACUGAUCAGGAGGGUUCGCCUGCGUAACUAUGUGGUGUGCCCAAGAGAUAAACAGUCCAAACAGCCAGCCCAACCAAGCCCUCACCAAGCUCUCGAGCCGGAACCACCCACGGUGAGAACCAUUUUUACUAUUCAUGGAGGGCCUCAUAUUGUAGGGACUUCUAACAGAUCGCAUGAACAGCACGUUCGGGAAGUUGGCCACCUUCUGUUCGUCGGGGAUGGCACCCAAGAGAGACCCUCCAAGAAAGCCAAAAUGGCUUCAGAUGACAUCUCUUUCACUAAGAAUGAUUCCAAAGACGUGCACUGGCCGCACAACGAUGCCCUUGUGGUCCGAGCUCGGAUUGGAAACAUGGAGGUGCGAAGGGUCAUGGUGGACACGGGAAGCUUGGUGAACGUCAUGUACAGGGGGUGUUUUGACUAG